UAGCAUUUCACGCUGACAACAAGGCGACAGAAUGAAAAUAGAAAAGAGAAAAAAAGUGUGGUUGUCCAUUUCCUGUGAAAACGUUUUGUCUGCUGAUGGUACGACUAAGAACUAGGAAGAGAAACUUGAUGCUCGCCGUUCAGCCAAGUCAUCAGUAGAUCACAGGAGAUCUCUCAUUGUAUUUCUCUGCGGAGGUGUCUAACUUCGAGUGUAACUUUUGAAAGGUUUGAUCUGUGCAUGUGAGGCCAUGAAGCGAGGAAAUAAGAAAGGUCAGGAGUGCAUGAACAGCUCUCUGCUCAGUCCACUGGAGAAUGAGAGGCUGGAGGAUCUGCUGGGCAGGAGGUGUCAGUCUUUGUCUUCUGCUGUUGUGCAGCUGCUCAUGGCCCUGCCGAGCGACCCGACCCGCUGGACCCCACAGCAGUCUGGAGUGAUUUGUUUCGUGAAGGACAGCCCUCAGCGCUCAUUUUUUAUUCGCCUUUAUGACCUUAAGGCAGGGAAGCUGGUCUGGGAACAGGAAAUAUACAACCAACUGAUGUAUCGAACAGCCAAACCAUUUUUUCACACUUUUCCUGGAGAUGAUUGCCAAGUGGGAUUAAACUUUGCAGAUGUAACUGAGGCUGAAUGUUUCUUUACUGUCGUGGAAGAGAAGAUCAGCCAGAGAAACUGUCGCUUUGAGAAACAGCAGAGAAAAGGAUCUGAUUCUAGAGAUCGUGGAUCAUUGCCACCACUUCCUCCACCUAAUGGCUUUGGCACACCUACCAUGCCCCCAACGGUGUCUAUCAAUGUCCCAAACCGAAUCGCUCCUACCAAAUCAAAAAAAGAGAAGAAAGAAAAGGAAAAGAAAAAGAAGAAAGGACCUAAAUUUUUCAAGGGGGAUAUUGGAGCACCCAGUGGUUUCACGCAUGUCAGUCACCUUGGCAUGGGUGGCAACACCAUGGACCCCGACUUGAAGAAACUUCUAUCCUGUGCAGGGAUCAGCGAAGCAGAUUUAGACGAUUCUGAAACCUCUCAACUCAUCUAUGAUGUCAUUGAACGCUCAGGUGGAAUGGAGGCUGUUAAAAAAGAAGUGCACCAGCAGGAGUACACUCACCCUCCAGUACCCCAAGGUCAUCGAGGUUCUCUCCCCCAAGUGCCUUCUGGGUUCUCCACCGCCCCUCAUCCCUCUCAAGGUCGAUCCCUACCACCUGUCCCAGGUCAGUGCUCUGUUCCAUCGCCCACACGUGGUUCCAUUCCGCCUACUCCUUCAAGAGGUCACACCGGGAAUCCACCAGCAGUUCCGUCACCUCAAGCCCCAGAGUCGCGGGGUGCACGGUCUGCAACGCUAGGUCCCCUACCACCAGUUCCUCCAGGAGGCCGGAACGGGCCCUUGCCUCAGCCCCCAGGGGUGCGCAGUGCACCCUUACCCCCACCACCCAAAGGUCGGAGUGAAUCUCUCCCUCCACCUCCAGGCCAACGUAAAGAGUCUUUAACUCCAGUUCAAGGAAGACGAUCUGCACCUCAAGUGGCUGAAAGGAGAGGUAGCACUUUGCAACCAGCAGCUGCAUCUUUCCCGCCGAUGCCCCCGGGAGCGAGACCCCCACCUCCAAGAGACAGUAGUGGAUAUUUGGCACCUCCACCACAAUGUGACAUGUCAUUACCCCCUCCACCAUCCGAUUUUUUCCCUCCACCGCCCUGUGAGUCUUUUCCCCCUCCUUCACCUGAAGACUUUGUUGACGCACCUCCAUCUCAUCCCAACUUUCCUCCAAGGAGCAAUCAGCAGAAUUUCACUCCUCCUCCUCCCCCAUCCUCAGCCAAACCCAGUUCCGGUGGCGCACCUCCACCACCGCCACCACCUCCUCCUCUGGCUGCCCCGCCUCCAGUGAACUUGGGAAGCAACACUUCUUCAUCCGGAGGAACGGCUACGCCUCCUUCAGAAUCUAGUGGUGGUAGAGGGGCUUUACUUGCACAGAUACAAGGAGGGCUGAAACUCAAAAAGGUAUCCGCCAGCUCUGAACUUCCUUCACCUGCACUGGAUUCAGGAGAGGGAAUAGUUGGAGCUCUCAUGAUGGUCAUGCAAAAGCGAAGUAAAGCCAUCCACUCCUCAGAUGACGACGAUGAAUUUGAUGAUGAAGAAGAUGACGAUGAAGAGUGGGAUUAAGGCUGAAAUAUUGAACUUUGAAUGCAUCUGGGCAGCUUUACACAUUUAAAGAACACAAGAAGAACUGUCUCUGUGGGAGGCGUCUGUUCAAGUGUUCUACACAACGGAAAGUUACGAAAUAAAUCAACGCCAGGAAACUGCUCAAGGAGAAGUCACUGUGAAUUAUAAGAUCGCUUGCUGAAAUGUACAGUACACGUUACAUGACACUGUCUUAUUAAAGUGUACAAUUUGUCAUUAGAUUUUUUAUUAAGUACAGUAAACAUACUCAUUUGAGUGUGAUUUAAAAAUGAAUCUACCGUUCACAAAUUCUGCGCAUUUUUUCUGACAACAUCUAGUUUAGCAAGACAGAACGUUUCAAUUCACAACUGGACGAUUUGACUUUUCUUUUAAAAAAGGACACACAUGUGCAGUGUAAAGAUGUUUUCAGUGUUUGACAUAAUCAGAGUGGGUCUUCAUGACGAGUUGUUUAUGUAUUUGUAAUGUGAUAGCUCAACCCAAAGCAUGAUACUAACAGCACAGCAUACAAUCAUUUCCUAAACCGUGUCAGCCAUUUUAAAUGCAUUGAAAUAAAUACAACAGCAACACAACAUGUCAAUCAUGCAAAAAUGCCCUCCACCCUGUACGCAGUAUCCCAACAAGGCUCGUCGCAUAAAAAUAUUUACAACUUCAAAUAAAUAUACAUUACAAAUGGUUAGAAACAGUCACAGGACAUGAAGGACGGUAGUGCUCUUGCAAAUGUUCGAUGCCAUUACUAACCCAUCAAAAAUCCAUAUAUAUUACAUUUAAACAAACA